AUGCAGAGACGUAUCCCACAGUUAUCGUCUCACUCAUUCUCGUUCCGCCGUUGUUUUCCCUCCCACCUUCCGCUCCCGCCCCCCCCUCCAACUCACCCGUCCAUCAUAUCAUCCUCCCGAACCCCCUUCCUCAUCGCCUUGCUCCACUGCUCAACCCCUCUCCUCUCCGCCAAUCAGCUGCAGACAGCAGGAUGGCUCAUGGCAGGCGCAUAUCUCUCAGUUAGCUUCUCAUUCAUUCUCGUUUCCAAAUUAUUUCCCCCCACCUACCACCUGCUCCAUUGCACCACCCCUCUCCUCUCGGCCAAUCAGCUGCAGACAUGCCGAUGGCUCAUGGCGGGUGCUGCCACGGCGGCAGUGCGGCGGGCAGGGGCACAGCACAUAUCAUCCAG